CAGACCCGCCACACCUCAGAAACCCCCACCACCACCACGCCGAGCACACACCGUGCUCACGCCGUCUCCUCGUGCCAUGCCAUUCGUCGAAGACCCCGCUCAUCUGUCCAAGAGUCGGCUGAAGUCGGACCUGGUGGCCCACCAUGUGCAGCUGCCGCCCGCAGGCAGCAGCAAGCGCGCCUACCUGGAGCUGCACCUGAAACAUAUCGACCACAAAUACGCUGCGGAUUUUUCCAGCGAUGACGACGAUCAAGAAGUACAAGACGUGACAGAUCGAAAAGAUGCAGGGUUGCCUGGCCCACAUAGUUUGACGGAUGAUGACCUCAGGGCCUCACUACUCAAAUAUGGGGUUAAAGCUGGGCCCAUAGUAGCCUCCACCAGGGCCCUGUAUGAAAGGAAGCUCAGGAAACUGCUUCAGUCAGGUGGACAUGACAGGUUAAAUGGAGCAGAGAAAACAGCACUGUACUCAGACAGUGAAGAAGAGGGUAACGGUGCAAAUGAGGAGGAAGGAGAGAACGAAUCGGGUGCAGAACAAGAACAGCAAGAAAUAGUUGAGUCCAACCAGUCCCAGAAACGGAGCAGAGAGGCAGAGCUUCAUUUUCAGAGGGGUGAUAUUACUUACCCGCAGUGCUUUUCACUGUCAACAAGGCUGCGUGCUUGUCCUUCAAGAAACAAGGAACCGAGUUCCAAGUGGAAUUCAAGGAAUGUGUUAAAAUCAUCGGAGCAGACUUGGUCUCAGUGCUCCCAGAUUCCUGCAGGGAUUAGUCGAGUUUUCUCCAUAAGUCAACGACAAGGAUUAGGAUCAGGGGUGCCAUCUGGAUCACAGUCAUUUGGGCCAAGUGACUGCACGUCACUUUCCACUCAGGCCUUCAGCAUCACUCAAAUGGUUGAGGAGAUGGAGAGUCAGAGCUCACCCUCCACUUGCAUAAAUGACGAGUGUGAGCUGAUCAGCACCGACGCAGUGGAACGUGCUUCACGGUCUAACAGGUUGGAUACACAAAUUGUUGAACAGUACAGACCCAUGGACCAGUCACUGUACUACACUCCCAAAGUUUCCGCUCAUGCACUGGAAGUGAAGGCAACUGCUGACCCAUCAAAUGAUAUUUUAAAGGAUAUCUUCCCAGAUACCAAAACUACACCAACAGGGAUCUAUGCCACUUGUCGGAGACCCAUCAAGGGUGCAGCACAGAGACCCAUUAAGUAUUUGUACCCGGACACUCCUGUCAGUCCUGUGACCUUGGAGAGACGAGAGUUGGAGCGUCGUCUUGUUCCCAUCAAGUUACAGAUUUUGGUCUUCUUUAUUGUGGCAUGCAUCCUUUACCUAAUUUACAUUCAUGUUGAGGACAGCAACAUUGUUCUGACCUUGCUGGCCACUCUAACUCAGUGGUCAGACAGCGUGGAUUGGUUGGGGUUUUUGUUUCAUGAUGAGGCGCAGGACCGGCGAGCAAUUGGAGAGGAAUAACUUGAUUUCAAUUAACCUUCUAUAUUGACUGAAGUGCUGCUUUGUUGAUGAAACGGGAUGCCAUUGUGCUUUUAUCACUUUAAAAGUGGCUAACGUGUGUAUCGUGAUGGGGAGAGCUUACUCAAAAUGGAAGUGAACAAUUUCCUACCCCGAAUAUUGUCAUUGUUUGUACUUUGAAUUUGUGUAUGUACUUGUAUGUUUUUAAUAUUUAAACUGUCAAUAAAGUAUUUUCU